AGCCAGAAAUCUGUAUGAUGAUAUAUGGGAUACAGCUCAUGCAACUCUAUGUAUAGUGUUUCAGUUUGAAAUGCCUAAUAUUAAUAUAGCACUAUUAGCUAGUAAUGUUGAACUGUGUGGAAAAAAUCCAUUUCAGUAG